AUGAAAUCUGGAUGGUGGGCGAAAGUGAUUGAGGAGGGAGGGAGGGGAACAAAUGGAUGGUUCAGGGAGAAUAUUUGCCGCAGGUUGGGAAACGGGCGGGGAACACUUUUCUGGGACCAUCCAUGGGCGGGACCGGAACCUUUAAAACACAAGUUCCCUCGACUCUUUAGACUUAGCUUGAGGAGGGAUGUCAAAGUCGAUGAGUGUGGGAGAUGGGAGGAGGGGAGAUGGAAGUGGGAGCUCAAGUGGUGUCGGACGCUCAGGGAGACGGAGAUGGAGGCCGUUAAUCUCUUAAUCUCCUUUAUCUUUUCGUUUUUGCUGGAUGCAGAUUUGGAAGACAGAUGGACAUGGAGCGCGUCCACAGAUGGAAAAUUCACCACAAAAUCGGCGUAUGAGGUCAUCCAAGCUAGAAGAAGUCAGAAUGUUGCUCAAAGUGCAGAUACACAAGCAGCCGCUUCGGUGUGGCAGACGCUUGCACCACAAAAAGCAGUCGCCAACGCAUGGAGAAUCAUGAGGAAACGUCUCCCGACCUGUGAUGAAUUGAGAAAGCGGAAUAUCAACCUUGGUGACGGGGAAGUUGUGUUUCGACUUGCAUCGCCGGUCGAACAUUGGCGAAGCUUCUGUUACUUUUGCAAGGACAAGAGGAUUGGGAAGUUGUUGAAAGCGAUCUGGGUCGGAUGUUGUUGGUUGUUGUGGCAAAGACGGAAUGGUAAGAGGUUCGAGGGCAAAGAUUGGGAGACUAAGAAUCUUGUGUUGGAGCUUAAAGCUAGACUUUGGAGUUGGAAUAGAUGUUUUGGCAUUUUGAACAAUGAGAUGGAGUUCUCCUCAUGGAGCUCCAAUGAUUUAAUCUCUCAGAUUCUGUAA